AUGGAGGAAGAAGAGCAUGAGGUCUACGGUGGAGAGAUUCCAGAUGUGGAAGGCGAUAUGGAUCCUCAUAACGCCGACGUUGACAUGUCCUCCGCCGCCGAUGACGAUGCCGUCAAGGAGUUGGAUGAGAUGAAGAAGAGAUUGAAGGAGAUGGAAGAGGAAGCGGCUGCUCUUCGUGAGAUGCAAGCUAAAGUUGAGAAGGAAAUGGGCGCUGUUCAAGAUCCAGCUAAUGCAGCAGCUAAUCAGGCAAACAAGGAGGAAGCAGAUUCUCGUUCUGUGUUUGUUGGCAAUGGGUCUUCUUAUUCUUCAAGUUCUCUCAAUUCUUCUACCAUGAUAUUUGAGGAGAAAAUUGUUGCUUUCAAGGAGCAUAGGCAAGUUGGGAUAUGCAAUCUAAGUUGCAGAGCCUCAACCCUGCUGGUGAUGGUCUUUGGUGCUUCCAAAAUGUGUGAUCAUGUGGCAGAUGGGGAGAAAGGUGUAGAUUACUGCUUUUUGUGUGAACUUGCUAUGAGUUCUUUGAAGACUGUUGAUUAUGCAUGCACGCCUGAAGAAGUGCAGCAGCAUUUUCAGUCCUGUGGUACGGUAAACAGGGUUACUAUUUUGACAGAUAAGUUUGGCCAGCCAAAGGGUUUUGCUUAUGUGGAAUUCCUUGAAGUAGAAGCUGUUCAAGAGGCUCUGGCUCUCAAUGAAUCUGAACUACAUGGCCGCCAAUUGAAGGUUUCACCCAAAAGGACCAAUGUUCCCGGAAUGAAGCAAUAUCGUCCUAGACGUUUCAAUCCUUAUAUGGGUUACCAGUUCAGGAGGCCAUAUGUGCCCCCUUAUUUCUACUCUCCUUAUGGAUACGGGAAGGUGCCUAGAUUCCGAAGGUCAAUGCGAUACAUGCCUUAUUACUGA